AAAUUUGAACGAAAUCCGCCGUUCAACAGUGAAUUUCAUCGAAACUUAAUAAUGGAAAAUUGGACCUAAGCAAUUAUUGAUAUUUGUGAUGUAUGCACCAUCUCCGUUCUUACCAGUAUCGGUCUCCAUAAUUGCGAUAGUGAUAAUACAUGUGGCACGUCAUACUGUCAUAGCCUGAUAUUUGGAUUUUGGACACCGGUCACCGGGUAGGCUCGAACUUUCGACUCAUCUCACUUCAAGUCUUGAAUCUUCACACUUUUUGAGUUGCAUUACAUCGAAAAUCAUGUCGGCUUGUUUGAAAUUAAACAACGGAUUCACUAUCCCAACUCUUGGCCUUGGCACUUGGAAUGCAGUGAAGGAUGAAGCGUAUCAAGCAGUGAGACAUGCUAUAGAUGUGGGCUACCGUCAUAUUGAUACAGCUUUGUAUUAUCAAAAUGAAAAAUACAUAGGACAGGCCAUAAGAGACAAAAUACAAGAUGGUACGAUAAAGAGAGAAGAUAUUUUCAUUACCAGUAAGCUUUGGAAUACAUUCCACAGAAGGGAUUUAGUUGAGAAGUCUUUAAGUGAGAGUCUAAAAGACCUUGGAAUGGAUUACCUUGAUCUUUAUUUAAUCCACUGGCCGAUCAGUUUUAAGGAAGGUGGAGAAUUGAUGCCACUAGAAGAUGGUAAAGUGAUGCUUAGUGACAUCUAUUUCACCGAAACCUGGGCUGCGAUGGAGGAGUGCGUGGAGAAAGGGCUUGUUAAGUCGAUAGGCAUUUCCAACUUUAACAAACGCCAAAUUGAAGAAUUGCUUAAAGUUGCCAAAAUAAAACCAGUCACAAAUCAAGUUGAAUGCCAUGCGUAUUUUAACCAAGAGAAACUCAGAGUGUUCUGCGCGUCAAAAGGGAUUGUCAUCACAGCAUAUUCCCCCCUCGGUGCUCCCUACAGGGUAAAACCGGGAGAUCCAGUUCUCCUGGAAGAUGUUUUUGUACUGAAACUCGCUGAAAAAUAUGGAAAGACUCCUGGGCAGAUAGUAUUAAGAUAUCAGAUCGAAAGAGGCAUUAUUGUGGUACCUAAAUCCUCAAACAAGACCAGAAUCCAGGAAAAUUUUGACCUCUUUGAUUUUAAACUUUCAAAAGAGGACAUGGAAUGUUUGGAUAGUCUUACUAAAGAAAAUGGUCGAUUAGUUUUGUUUGAAAGUGGCAAAUAUCAUAAAGAAUAUCCAUUCAAUGAACUCUACUGAACCCUCAGAAGACCGUUAUUUUCAUUUACAUUUUAUUUCUUUGUAAUAAAGAAUUAAAAGAAACAAAAUCGUCUCUUA